AUGUCUGAAGCCACUUUCCACACCACCAAAGAGGACAUCCGCAAGCCCGAGUCCGGCACAGCCAAAGCUCGUGGCGGUGUCCCAGCCAACUCAAGCAUUUCUGCCAUGAAGUCCAUCAUCGACUCCAAUACCAACAAACCCGAGCAAAUCAACCAGGCCAAAUCCAACCUCCCUCUGCCCGACCAGCCGCCGACCUCCAGCGACUGGAACUCAUUCGACCAACGUACUGUCAACGUCGGCUCUGGUCGCCUUGAGACCGGCAUCUCUGGCGAGGGCAACAGCGCCUUGCGGGGACCGGCCGCCGCAGAGAGCAGUGUGCGUAUUGAUGGUUCGGAGUAUCACAAGCUCACGCAGCCGACGGGCAAUGUUGGUAGACAGGGCCAGGAGGGGUUGAGCGAUUUGCCCAAGGAUGCGCUUUUGCGAUAG